GGCUGGGACACGAACCCCAUGGGCUGCACCCACUCUUGGCCCCCGGAGCCCCCGAGCAUAGCUGCAGGAUGAGGUGCGGGAGGCCCUGCACGCCGCCCCGUGCGGAGUGCCAUCACUGAGAUGGAGGCCCCACUCCCUAGUCUCUCCCUGCUUCUGGUCCUCCUGGUGUCAGGAUGGGGAAGCAGGGUGAUCACAGCCUGGGCAACAUCUUCUGGUGGCUGCACGCUCGUGCAGGGCAUUGCAGACUGCACUGGAAGAUGGCUGAGCUCUGUCCCAGGAAACCUUCAGCAUGAUACUGAGGAGCUGUUGCUUGAUGACAACACUAUCCAGGUUCUGGGCAAUGCCUCCCUGCUCUCAUACUGCCGACUGCGGCAUCUCAGCUUGCCCAGGAACCAGCUGGAGCUCAUUGAGCCCGGUGCCUUCCUCAGCAGCCAAGGCCUCCACGUGCUCUCCUUGGCAGACAACCUCCUCUUCACUAACUACUCGCUGACAGCAGCUGCUCUUUCUGCUCUGCCAGCCCUGAAGACACUGAAUCUAGCUGGAAACCGCCUCACUGAGGAUAUGGUAUCGGCUUUGAUCUGGAACCUGUCCUCCUUGGAGUCCUUGUCCGUGGCUAGGAACAUCAUCAUGAGGCUGGACUCAUCUGUCUUUGCAAACCAGACACAGCUCUUGGAGCUGAACCUGGAGAAGAACUACAUCUUUGAGAUUGACCAAGCUUUUGAAGGGCUGCAGAGGUUGCAAAGGCUCAACUUAGCUUACAACUACCUCCCCUGCAUCGUGGAGUUUGGCCUGACCCAGCUCAGGGUGCUCAAUGUUAGCAACAAUGUCAUGGAGUGGUUUCUGGCUGUGGAAAGUGAUGACCUCUUUGAGCUGGAGGUGCUGGACCUGUCCCACAACCACCUCCUCUUCUUCCCUCUGCUGCCCCAGCAGAGCAAGCUGCACUCCUUGCUGCUGAAGGACAACAAGAUGAGCUUCUACCAGCGCCUCCCCAAUGGCACAUCCCUGGCAGAUGUCACAGUGCAGUUCUUGCUCAUUGAUGGCAACUCCACCAAUGUGACAACAGUCAGCCUCUGGGAUGAGGUCUGCCACAGCAACCUUUCCUCCCUGCGCCUCCUGGACAUGAGCCAGAACCAGGUCUGGUACCUGCCAGAGGACUUCUUGGCCCAGAUGCCCUCCCUGACUCACCUGAAGCUGAACCAGAACUGCCUGGAGACGUUUCACCUGUUGGAGGGGGACCCUUUAGCCACGUUGAUGGAGCUGGACCUUAGCCAGAACCGUCUGGUGGAGCUCGGGGUGGAGGUGGGUGCCAAGGACAUCCUGCCCAACCUGCAGCUCUUCAACCUCAGUGCCAACAGGCUGCGAGCACUUCCUCCUGCAGUUUUCACCUACACCAGGAAGAUCACUACCGUGGACCUUAGCCAUAACCAGCUUGACCUCUGUCCCCGACCGGCUGUUCUGAGCAAGGUGGAGAGUCCCCCCUGUGUGGACAUCAGGGGUGUUGAGACUUUGACUCAUCUCUCUUUGGCCAGCUGUGGUCUGCAGGGACUGGGGGGGCAACCCUUCCAGGGGACAUCACUGAUGCAUUUGGACCUCUCCAACAACCAUCAGGCACUCUCUGGGGACAUGAGGUGGCUGCAAGACAUUGCUCUGACACUGCAGGUGUUGUCUCUGAGGAACACCAGCCUCUCCUCCACCGUGGUGGACUUCUCUGCCUUAAGCAGCCUUGUGUGCCUGGACAUUUCAGGGAACUCCUUGACUGUAUUCCCCUCCUCACUGGGUGGCUUGAAACUGCAGAGCCUGGACCUGCGGGACAACAGCCUCCCGGCUCUGCCAGCAGGAGUGGCACAGACACCACUAGGAAAGAGCCUGCAGGAGGUCUACCUCAGCCAAAACCCCUACAACUGCUGCAUGCUGGGCUGGUGGCACUCCUUGCAGCAGGUCCAGGGGCUGCGUGUCCCUGACGGGCAGGAGGUGACCUGCAGCUACGCCUCCCACACGUGGAGCCCCAGGAUGCUGCCCGACUCCAUUGUGCAGAGCUGCCGCUGGCAGAUGGCCAACCAGGCUCUCCUCUACCUGGUGCUGGCUCUGCCCACCUGCCUGACUCUCCUGGUGGCCUUUGCUGUAGUCUUCCUCACCUUCAAGCAGAAGCUGCUGAAAAUGGUGAAAAGCCGGUGUGGGAUGUCCAGCCCCUACUGAGGAGGAGGAAGGGCUCAAGAACGGUUAAUGGGAGUGGGCUGUCAGAAUUACAGGUGACAACCCCUCUGGGGUGGGUGAGAUGUAGACUUAAGGGAUGGAGGACCAUAGGGUGCUGGUUGAGCUGCCAUUCCUGACAUGGAUACCCUAUAGGUAUCCAAAGGGUGUGGGACUGUGUCGGGUGAUGGAACCUGGUGCUGUGCUGGGCAUCCUCAAGGGA